AUGGAAGAAAACAUGGAGAUGGACGAUACUGGAGACGAUAUCAUUAUGGCAGCAGAUUAUCAAGAAAAAAUAGCGGCCCUGGAAGCUGAGCUACGGCAAGCGCGACAGCAGUUAGCUGCUGCAAACGUAGCUCAGCCAACAGGAUCAAAAACGACGCCGGAAGAACAGCCGACCCCACAGCCAGAAGAACAGCCAAACGGGUCGACGGAGUCAAAUCCUGCGCCAAAUCCGAAGAGUCAACUCAGUCAGCAGACUUCUACCGGGUCGAGCGGACCAACCGGGCCGAGCGGACCAAGCGGGCCGAACGGACCAAGCGGGCCGAGCGGACCAAGCGGGCCGAGCAGAUCAAGCGGGCAGAGCGGAUCGAAUCCACAGCCUUCACAGCCAAGGACACGAGAAUCGCAGAACUUGCAGCUGCAAACAUAUCAACCGCGAGAGGAAGUUGCGACCAAGAUACCGAGUGCAGAAUCAUCAUGA